AUGGCUGAGGGAACACAAAAUCAACGAGAUUUGUGCCUGAGCCCAGCUGUCUUCACUUUUGAACCAGUGUGCAUUGUAACACCCGAGCCAUCCGAAGAAGAAGAAGAAGAAGAAGAAGAAGAAGAAGAAGAACACGCAAUUCGCCGCAACUCGUCUCUGGAGAAUAGGUUUGCAGAUGCUCUGUACAAAAGCCCGAAACGGCCCUGUGCGGUAGGCCAUAAAUACAUCCGAAAACAAUUGUCAACCGACCCCACAACAUUUGGCGUAAAUUCGAAGGAAAGCUGUUUAUCCUCAGAUAUGAUUCUGGCAUUCUUAACUCCCAAUUGUUUGUAUACAAACACACAAAACCUUUGA